UUCCGAGGCAGACGCGGAAGUGCCAGGAGGCGCCGGGAACCCGGUUUGGUAACGGGGUUUCUCGCUCAGCGCGGCGCUUCGUGAACGUUCUGGAGAGGCCCACUUCCGCCAGCCCAAACCAGACGAAGCCGGCGCUGGGAGCUGCUCCUCGGCAGAGCAGCUGAUGCCGGCCGCGCCCUGGAGCCCCAGUAGCGGGGCCGGACCAUGAGCCUGCUGGGCGGUCCGGCCUCCUCGCCGCGGACCCCGCUGCAGUCCAGCAAGGCCAGGAUGAAAAAGCUCCCGAAGAAGAGCCAGAACGAGAAGUACCGGCUCAAGUACCUGCGGCUGCGCAAAGCGGCCAAAGCCACGGUGUUUGAAAAUGCUGCUAUUUGUGAUGAAAUUGCUCGUCUUGAGGAAAAAUUUAUUAAAGCAAAAGAAGAAAGACGGUACUUGCUAAAGAAGCUCCUCCAGCUCCAGGCUCUAACCGAAGGUGAAGUACAGGCUGCAGCUCCUUCCCACAGCUCCAGUUUGCCCCUGACUUACGGUGUGGCCAGCUCUGUGGGAACUAUCCAGGGAGCUGGGCCAAUUUCUGGGCCUAGCGCUGGGGCUGAGGAACCAUUUGGAAAGAAAUCCAAGAAGGAGAAAAAAGAAAAAGGCAAAGAGAACAACAAACUGGAAGUUCUGAAGAAAACAUCCAAGAAAAAGAAAAUGGAGGCAGGUGCUCGCAAGCUGGUUCAGCCCAUUGCCCUGGAUCCCUCAGGACGGCCUGUGUUCCCCAUCGGACUGGGGGGUCUAACAGUAUAUAGCCUGGGGGAGAUCAUCACAGACCGACCUGGCUUCCAUGACGAGAGUGCCAUCUACCCUGUGGGCUACUGCAGUACUCGGGUAUACGCCAGCAUGAGGAGCCCAGACCAGGAGUGUCUGUACACCUGUCAGAUCAAGGACGGCGGCACCCAGCCUCAGUUUGAAAUUGUUCCUGAAGAUGACCCCCAGAGUGCCAUUGUCAGCUCUUCUGCAGAUGCCUGUCAUGCAGAACUGCUCAAGACCAUAAGUGCUUCUAUGGGGAAACUAAUGCCCAACCUGCAUCCAUCUGGAGCUGACUUUUUUGGGUUUUCUCAUCCAACCAUCCACAACCUGAUCCAGAGUUGUCCAGGAGCUCGAAAAUGUGUCAAUUACCAGUGGGUGAAGUUUGAUGUGUGCAAACCAGGAGACAGUUCCCCACCCCAGGGACAGCUAGAGAAUGACGCAGCUACAAGCUUUGAAGCCUUUCGGAAACAGACCUUCGAUGAAGAUCAUACCAAUCACAUCCUACAAGGUUAUUGUGCCAAAUCUCAGAAGCCAAGAAGAGAAAAAGGAAAAUUAUCCAACAACCUUUCCCUUCCCAAGAGGAAAAGCCUAGAGCUGGAAGCAGCCCUGAUCACCUCUUCCCCUACAGGACCCUGGCACUUCACCAGUUGCAAACGGGUUCAUUGAUUUGUGGAAGUGACUUGGAGGUAAAGAAAGCCUUACUGCCCAAACUGCCCCUUCCUGACCUGCAUUAUUCUGUAUAAAGUUCAUGUCCACCACCACCAAAUAUGAAUGUUAAAAAAAAAAAAAGCCUAAAUAUAUCAAUAAAACUGUUGAUGCAAGUUACUUAAACAAUAGCAUGCUAUGGCAGACACACCCUAAGGUGACCCCCCCCAUGAGUCACACCCUUGUAUAGUCCCUCCCCUCAAGUGUAGGGAGAAUAUAUGAUUUGCUUCCAAUCAACAGAAAAUAGCAAAAGGGAUAAGAUGCCAUGCUCAUGAUUAGGUUAUGUUACAUGGAAAAGAUGAAGGGGUUUUGCAGAUAUAAUUAAAAUCCUUAAUCAGUUGACUUUAAGUUAAUACACAGGAAGAUUAUCCUGGGUGGGCCUGACCUAACUGAGGUGAGCCCUUUAAAUAGGGUCUAUCUGUUUUAUUCUAAAUAACACUUCAUCCAUUUUGCUUCAUGGGCAGGACAGAGCAAGAUGUCCACUGCAGUAGGUUUGUGGAUCUGUAUAAACUACAAUACCUUCCUUCUCUACCAAGCCAGUGUGGAGAGCCUAACAAACAGAUCUAUCCGCCACCCCACCAAUAAUAACAGUUUUUCUGUGAAAUUACCUCAAUAGUCUACGAAUCCCUUAAGUUGCUUCUGGAUAUUUUAACUCUAAAUGACGCAUCACUUUGCAGUGAAGCAACUGAAGCAUUACUUGAACCUAAACUGCUAAAUGUGAAAGGACAGCAUGAGAGAGUGAGUUCCUGGAAGGCAGACACUAUUUACAUUCGUCUCUGUGUUUUCUAGGGUUUCUAGCUCCGUGUUUUAUACAUAAUAAGCCCUUGGCUGAUGUUUAUAGAGUUAAACUCAAGAUAAGUGAGCAGGUUCACGAUCACUGCAGAGAAGAGGGGCUCAUCCUCUAACUACUACCUUUUACUCCUUGUCACCACCUCCCCUACCGCCUUGUCUCUGGCCACUCCAAAUAUUGGUCCUGCAACAGCCAUGAAGGGGGAAAAACCAAAAAUAAUGCAUAAAAACAUUUUUUUAAAUAGAAAUGCUAUAUAUUAUGUGCUUUCUUUCUACAGUACUGGGAAGUCUCUGUCUCCUAAGUAUUUAUUGGUAAUGUUAAUUAUUAGCACCAAGGAAAUCCUAUUUCUUGUUUUUAAACUACAUCAAUUCUUUAGAUCAAUGUCAUUUUACUGAGAGUAUCACUAUCUGUACUCUGUACUGUUCAUUUCUGAGACGGACACAACACAAAAAGAAAGCAUCGCUAGUCUCCUGAAUUCUCCAUUUUAAGUAUAUCCUACAAGUCACCAAUAGCAUUUAAAUCUCACGGAGAACAGCUUCUCAAUCAGCUUAAACUUCCCUUUCAGGCCUCUGAAUUUCACCCAAUAAGCUUCUUACCUUAAAAAAUCUUAAAACCCAAGAACUAAAGCACUUACCUUGCAUCUGUGUCUGGUACUUUGUAUUUUUUAAUGUUUGUUGAAUGGAAACGAAUUAUUAAAAGUCUGCACCAGCA